AUGACGAGGCCUCACAUUAUUCGCGCUGACACGAUCGAUCUCCAGGAUCACGAAGCACCGUCUGCGAAAGACCACCCCCGAGGUCCUCACGGUUCACUGGGUGCUCAUCAGGCUGAGACCCUCCGAGAGGUCGCCCAGGAAUCCGCAGAGAUCCAAGCGCGCAGCCCCAGGCUGUCCUGGUCCAAUACUGAAGGAGACGGCGACGUGUCAGAUUCAGACGACCUUGCGGGCGAGAUCUCUCAAAGGCUCAACGGCGGCGUGAUGGACGAUGCAAGCAAGAAGCAGCAGCAAGAUGCGCUGGCUGUGGCGCAAAAUGGCGGCACUUCGGGCAACUCGGAUGAUGGAGACAUGGACGAUACGGACGAGAGCUUGGACGAUGAUAUGAUGGAUAAGAUAUCGAGUUCUCCUUCGAUUGAAGAUGCGAAGCCAUGUCCUCAUCUCCUUAUGUCAAAACCCCUGAACAUCCACCUGCACACUAUUCCCGGCAGCACAGCAAGGCUUCUGCUUCAAAUCGUCAUCAUCAUCUUCGCGUCGAACGACGACUUCUGUAGCGGCGAAGGAUCAGAUGUUAGAGUACUGCGCGGGUCUGGGGAACCGAGGCAUCAGGAGUUUGCGCAACGACGUGCUGAGCUGGAGAGGGCGGAAUGGGAUGAGGCAGCAGGAAUCGCUAACUACGACGACGAUGACGACGAUGACGACGACGACGACGACGACGGGAAUGACAUUCCACUCACUAUACCCUACAAACCUUCGAUCGAAGAAGAUGAUGAUGAUGAUGACGACCUUUCCUUUUCUGAUGAUUCCAUGUUCAUUGCUGGUGGCUGGGGCAGUGAGUGCUUACACGAAGCAGAGGACAUCGAUUUCGAAUUCGUCUACGCGCUCCACACCUUCGUCGCAACUGUAGAAGGCCAAGCGAAUGCGACAAAGGGUGAUACAAUGGUUCUGCUGGAUGACAGCAACAGCUAUUGGUGGCUGGUGCGAGUGGUAAAAGACAGCAGCAUUGAGCACAUUGAGACGCCGACUGAAAGACUGGCGCGCUUGAACAAGCACAGGAAUAUUGACGUAGUCGCUCCCUCCAUGGAAGAGAUGAACCUUUCUGACUUAGAUCAGCUUUCCGCUACAAUGCUCGGAGACCAGGCUGGAGAGAAAUCCAAGAGCACGUUCAAGACCGCUCUAAGGAAGAAGAAGAAGACUGUCGCGUUCGCCGCACCGACGUAUGUCGACUACUCGGACAUUGACUAUUCCUCAGAUGAAGAGGACAUGGACGAACUGUUUUCGCAACAACAAGGGCAGCAGCAACAACAACAGCAGCAACAGGCUACGGCGCAACAGUCAACAGACGAGAGCCAGGAUGACGAAACAGCGAAGGUAGAACCACUGAAGACCCGUACAAUCAAGGAGGUCAACGCAGAACCGGCGAACAAAGAGGACGCUGCAGAGGACGAUUCGAAACGCGACAGUGGCGAGAUCUUUGAGAAGCCAGAGGGGCCCAGCCGGUCGAGGAAUGGCACCGUCAGGAACACCGACUCUUUCUUUAAGGAUGAAACCGUCGAAACCAAGAAGAUCACGCUUACGCCUAACUUGCUUCGCGAUGAUAACAACUCACGACCUUCCACAACGGAGAGCACCGUCAAGCAGCGGCCUAGUCUGGACAAGAUGGACAAAGAGCUGCAGCCUGACAAGAAGGAGGAUAAGAAAAAGAAGGACAAGGAUAAGAAGGAGAAAGAAAAGAAGCCUAGCGCCAUUCGCAGUUUCUUCUCGCGUAAGGACAAGAAGAAGGCUGCUGAUGAUGAUGACGAGUCCUUCGGCAAACGGUCAAUGGAUAUUGUUACCGAGUCUCAGGAUCGAGAUUCGGAGGAGCAGCCAUCCUCCCCGAGAACAAGCGGCGGCUCCCAAGACCAACCUCAGCGGGCACCGAGCAAACUUCAGAAGCAACAACCGAGGGUAGAGCCAUCGCUGGCGAGAAAGGGAGGAGCUUCUGGGUCACAGAAGUCUGCCACCCGGGAACUAAGCGAGUUCAUCUCCUCUGAAGGUCGUCCUAACAAUGUUUCGAACGUUCCGCCAGCGUCUAUGCGCAUCGUGGAGGAUGAUUCAUCGGAUCCUGAUGUCGCAACUCAGCAGCGAAUCAAAUCACCCGAAACCACCCGGUUGCAGCAGUCGUCGUUGUCCAAGAUUAUGCCCUCGAGAAGUGGUGGCAGCGACAAGCCACAGAAGGUCACCAAGGCCAAGUCACGCGUGGAGCUUGAUGAUUUUGACUCUUCUGGUGAGGAGAUUGACCCUCCUGAACCUGAGGUGCAACAACCGGCCGAGGAGAAGUCCAAGGAGGAUAAACAGGCACGACCUGUGCCUGGCGCUUUUCCUGACAGCCAAACGAGCGUCCAGACUGUACAGAGUGCACAAAGUGCACAGAGCGACAAGACGGUCACUCCUUUACAAUCUCAACCUCAACCUCAACCUCAACCACAAGCUCAACCCACGCCUGUUGACCGAGAGAAGGACCGCCUCUCCGAAUCGCCUGUACAAGUGUCUCCAGUUACCACUAGCAACCCGCCUGCGCUCAUGGUAGACACUUCUAGUCAGGACGGCCACUCCACGUCGCCGUCACCGGAACUCAUCGACGCCGACGAGGUUGGCAGGCAUCGCGCUCAGGACUCCAUGACUGCUAGCUCAACAUCCACCGGGGGCAGCACGGCGCACAGCAGCUGGAACGAUGCUAAACUCCGGGCAUUCUUUGAUUCGAGCUCGGAUAUCCGAGACAUGCUUGUCGUGGUUUACGACAAGAGCGAUGUGGCGCCUGCUGGACCGGAUCACCCCGUUGCAGGAAGCUUGUUCCGUGAACAGAACGCCAAGUUGGCGGAAAUUACGACACACGCAAGCAAAGACUUCGAGGCACGCACCAUGGGCACUUAUAUCUUGGACAGUAGUAUCACGGGCCAAAGGAACGACCUCUCCCCCGAUUUGCGGUCCAACCUUCAUAGCAUCGAUCAUGAACCCAGCUGGUACCGCUACAUCCGCGCCAGCAAAUCCAAAACCAUCUAUCCGGUGCGGGUUUUGCACGACUACACCCGCGGCGCCGUUACAAACCCCUUGGGGCUGAUCACCGGCGAGGGCGGGCCGACAGUUUUCACCCGUUUAUCAGACACAGACGAGACUCCAUCUGUCACGAUUGAUUUCGGGCUGAACACCGUAGGAAUCCUGUCCAUUGCCUUUGCCGGAUCAUCGACGCCGGGGGAAAGUGAAAGCAGGCCGGGGAUCAGGCUAGCCUUUUCGGAGACGUUGCAGUUUCUGAGUAAUGUGAGUGACUUCUCAAGGUCGUACAAUGGGGACGCCAUCACUCCCGGCAGCGACCAGAUUGCUGUGAAGGGGGACCCUUAUGUGUGGUCUGCCAAACAUGGGUGCGAGCAUCCUGAUGGCAAGGGAAAGGGGAAGGUCUGCGUGGACGGGUUGCACGGGUUCCGGUAUUUGAAGAUCUAUCUUGACGCAUUACCCUCUGACGCGCCUUACACCACUUGUCUUGGUGAAGUCAAGAUCUCUUCUGUCAAUCUGCAGCUUUCCGCAUUCCAUGGCACGCCGGAUACCUUCAAGGGAUGGUUCGAGUGCAGCGAUCUUGAACUCACGAGAUGGUGGUUCGACGGGGUAUACACUAACGAUCAGUGCAUCGACACCUUCCGGGCCGAAGAUGCGGAGCCGAGAGGCGCGGGAAGCGAUACGCUUGAGGGCAAGAAGGUGAUACACGAUGCCCCGAAGAGAGACCGGGACCCGUAUGUGGGCGACUUGGCCGUUGCAGCGCUAACGGCGUAUCUUUCGCAUGGGGAGUUGGUGGCUGAGGCAAGUGGAAAUGUGCUGGCGGAUUUGGCGGCGCAUCAGAGGAGUGAUGGAUGGAUUCCGCCUGCAAGCAUAAAUAACUACACGCUGCCAUUGUUCGACUAUCCCCUCUGGUGGGUUGUCUGCAGUCAUGACUACGUCUGGUACACCGGGGACGUUGGCUACCUUGAAACCUAUUACCCCAACUUGCUGGCUGUUCUGGAUAAAUGGUACCCUUCUGUUACGAACCCGGAGACGCAACUGGUCACCAAGGGUCUCAACGGAACGGGUAGGUACGGCGAUUAUGCCUUCCUACCGCGCCAAGGGCCGGUGACGUAUUACAACGCACUCUACGUGCUUGCUUUGCGGAGGGCGGCUGAUAUGGCGGAGCAUCUCUCCCGCCCUGAAGAUGCAGAGAGAUGGAUCUUGCGUUCGCAUGCUGUUGCGAAUGCUUUGGAGCAUCGCAACUUUGACGAGAGUGUCGGGGCGUUUUACGACGGGACAAGGGGAGCGACAUCCGAGGAGUUUGUGGAUGCGCAUGCACAAGAUGGGAACAGCAUUGCCAUUCUCGCGGAUGUCGUAUUUGGAGAUACGGCAAAGAGGAUACUGGAAUAUUACUCUCGAACUGCUUCAAGACCUUAUGGGAACGCGUUCUACGACUCGGAUGCUGUUGGGCAGGGAUUUAGUCAGAGGGUUUAUGCAUUUGUGUCAUAUUUUGAGCUGGCGGCAAAGUUCAAGACAGGUGAUGAAGAGCUAGCCGAGAGCGCGGUGGAAGAGAUAAAGAGGCUAUACGGCUGGAUGAGCGGGCAAGAUCCCGGGGUGACGUUCUGGGAGGGCAUCGGGGAGAACGGGAAGCCUUAUGAGGAUGGGUACACGAGCAUGGCGCACGGCUGGGCCACGGGCAUUGUGCCUUUGAUGAGCAACUACGUUCUGGGGGUCAAGCCGACAAGCCCCGGCUUCCAGACAUUCAGCGUGAAGCCAGUCAGGGCCGGGUUGACGUGGGCUAUGGGGGUUGUACCGACGCCCAGGGGCGGAGUGAUCGGCGUCGAGUGGAUGAAUAGAGGGAAUGGAUGGUUCAAAAUUGCGGUAAAGGCAGAGGCCGGGUUGAAAGGGCAUGUUGGAGUACCGGUCGAUGGAAAAGGGGCUGUGAUCGAGAUGGACGGGAGAGUUGUGUACGAUGGUCGUGACGGGCCCGGCGCUUGGUUCUGCGAGAGAAGGGUCAUGAUUGAGGUUGAUGGGAAAGGAUGGGAUUCUGCGACGGUGAUAUCCGUCCAAGGAAGUGAUGAAGACCUGUAA